UUAAAACGGACGAGAAUGAAUUAAUUUACAUCGGAGGAUAAAUUAAAUAAUAAUAAGAACAGAAGUUUUUGAAAAAUAUAAUUAAUUUGUUCGAAUAAAAAAAUAAAAUUGAAGACGUUUAUCAACGUAAUAAAAUAUCAAUAGACACAAUGAUGGCACUGGACGGUAAAACAAUAAAAGAAGAAAUCCCCGAUAAAGAUGCAUAUGAUGCCCGCAAAGUCAAAGGAAACAAAGAACAAUGUCGAACGCCAGAUUCACCGGAAGGCGCACGUGUUGUGACGCCACGAUCGCCGCAGCAGCAACGCACAAGUCGGAAUGGAUGCAGUUCACCUGUGAGGAAUGGCAGUGCGGGAUCUAUCACACCGCCUCCGCCAGCGACGCCCCUUUCUCUUACAACCACCAACACAAAUAACACAACAAGCAACAGUAAUAGCAGUAGUUCCGAUGCCAGUCGACUACUGAAAAUUCGGAGGUUUUUGGGAGCUCUUGUGCAGUUUGGACAGGACACAAAUGCCGAUAUUGGGGAUCGGGUUAGAUCGUUAGUGCUGUCAUUAGCGAGUGGCGGUCUCUCAAUCGACGACUUCCAAAUUGCCGUACAAGAAGCGACAAAUUUCCCGUUGAGGACGAACGUUGCGCCAUUCCUGCGAUCUCACAUCCCAUUGUUACAAAGAGAAAUUACCACGUUAGCACGAGCCAAUAAACAAUCGCCCGUUCAAUAUGUGCGAGCAAACGAAUCCAGCGUACUCGAUAUUGUCCAUAAUCCGAGUGAACAUGCCGAGAUUUUUCUGCCGAACGAAGGUGGAAGUUUUACUUCGGUGGGAAGCGGUUCCACAAACAAUGGAUUAUCGUUAAAACGGAGGGCGUCUGAUGCAAUUUACGAUAUUCCUUCGAAUGGCGGCUCGCACGACUGGAGCGAUUAUUCGUUCCUCUCGAAGCGUUCGGCUCAUCAAUCUUUGUUGCUUGGUGCGACGCCGCAUCUUCAUCCAGGUCACGCUCUAAUUUUUGACUAUCAAAACGGAUUGCAAGCACAUGCCGAAAGUCUUCAUGGUGGCAGUCAGAGAGGCGCGAAUGACGAACGUGAUUUUCGUUCGUCGGAAACACGCGAUUCCAGUAGAAUAGCGAGACCUGCGGCAAGUGCUGGAGCUCAAGGUCCCGGCGGAGAUGAGGAUUGGCGAAAUAUUCAUUCGAUGUUGGCUUGCAUUUCGGGCAUGGUUGAAAAAACCAAACGAGCGAUAUCGAUAUUGCAGCAACGAGGUGUUGAACCGCAUCCGCAAGAGACUACGGUGACAGACAUGCGACGACAGACAGAGGAAAAAAUUGCGGAAUUUAGGAGGAAUGCUGAGGAUGCAGUGAAUCAAGUAAAACGACAAGCCGUCAUUGAAAUCCAACGAGCAGUUGCCUCAGCGGAAAAUCGAGCACUCGAAAUGAUCGCAGCAGAACGUCUGAAAAUGGAAAAAAUGUUCAUCGAGUUCAACCGAAAUAACAAUGAACCCGACACAGAUCGUCAAUCGCCACCCCAACAAACCGGACACAAUGAUGUAAUUUUACAGGCGUGCUGGAAUUGCGGAAGAAAAGCACGGGAAACGUGCGCGGGAUGCAAAUUAGUUCGGUAUUGCGGAAUUUAUUGCCAGCAAAAGGAUUGGGAGCAACAUCAUAAGCACAUUUGCAUCUCCUUGCGACAAGCAGAAUCACUCCAAGAAUCCUCGUCUGCCAUAUCGAGACCGCCCACAGCGCACUCGGCAUCCUUAAGCAACGGUCUCAGCUCUCCACCAAAAUGACGAACUAAAAUUUUAAAG